CUUGAAUGAUCAACUUCCAAAAUGACUGAAUGGUUGAAAAGAAAGCUAGCAGCCUGCUGCAUGAAUCUGCUUUACUCAAUGAAUCCAAGCUUCUUUAUUAAACUGCUGGUCCUCCUCCUAUUGUGUAAACAUGUUGAUCCCCAAUGCAAGAUUUCACGCUGUAAUUCUGAAUUCAUAGAUGCCACAGCAAACAGGCAUAACUCUAAAAGGAACACUGCCUAUUGUAAUGCCUUGAGCGCCUACUCCAGUUGCACCCGGAGGACAGCCCGCACUUGUCGCGGGGACUUGGCAUACCACACAGCUGUUUAUGUCAUUGAAGACCUCAUAAUUCAGAACAACUGUUCCAAGGAAGAGCCGACAGCAGUGCCCAGACCACCAGCACUGGCACCCAACAAACAUGAUUUCCCAUCCACAGACACCUGUGACUAUGAGAAGAGUUUUAUCCACAAACAUGGCCAGCCCCCCAUAUACCAGUAUUGUGCUGUCUUUGGGGAUCCUCACGUCCGGACUGUCAGUGAUGAGUUCUACACUUGCCGAGUUGAAGGCUCCUGGCCACUUCUGGACAACAAUAAUUUGUUUGUGCAAGCCACUAGUUAUCCUAUCAUUAAAGGAUCAAAUGUCACUGGAAUUGGCAAGCUUACCAUUAUAUUUAAAAACAUGAAAGAGUGCAUUGAAGAGAAAGUCUACCAGGCAGAAAUGGACAACCUGCCAGUAGCAUUUGCAGAUGGUUCAGUGAAUGGUGGUGAGAAACCUGGAGGGAAUAGCUUAACCAUUCAUGAACAUAUACCUGGACAGCACAUAACAAUCCAAGCAACAUACAUUGGUACCACCAUUGCUGUGCGCCAGAUAGGGAAGCACCUGUCCUUCUCCAUCCGGAUAGCUAAGGAGAUAGCAUUCUCCUUCAGAGAUGAACAGGAUCUCCAGCUGUGUAUAUCAGGAUGCUUUCUUAGCCAGCGCAUCUCUAUACAUAACUGCUGUCAUCCAAAAGGCAGCCUGACCAGAAAGAAAGCUCAUCUGCUAUGUAAGGAGAAGCUACCGGUUGAAGACAUCUACUUCCAGUCAUGUGUCUUUGAUGUGAUGACUUCAGGAGAUGUUAACUUUACUCAAACAGCACAGAAAGCAUUGGAAGAUGCCAGAGCACUCCAUCCAGAUUCCAAGAAAAUCCAUAUUUUCCACAAUGAUAGGACUUCUCAUUCUUGCAGUUCAUCCUUCCUUCUCUUAAUCAUCAUAGUACUGCAACUGAACAUUUGA